AUGGCUAACUUCAAUACAAUUCUAUCUUUGCAACUUUUCAUUUUCUCUUCUUCCAUAUUACUAAUAAUACCUUCUUGUUUAGCUUACAAUGUGGUUAGUUUUGGGGCUAGAGGAGAUGGAAGGACAGACUCAACCGCGCCAUUUCUUCGUGCUUGGAUGGCAGCCUGCAGCUCAGCUAAGCCGAAUAACGUUUAUGUUCCUCGAGGAACGUACGUUAUUAGGCCAGUGACAUUCACUGGCCCAUGCCGGAUCCGAAUUGACGGAACUGUCGUUGCUCCGGCAGAUUAUAAUGUGAUUGGAGGUUCUAGCUUUUGGAUUUUGUUUUAUAAAGUAAGUAGACUUUCUGUCUAUGGUGGAACAAUUGAUGCUAAAGGACAUGGUUUUUGGUCUUGUAGAAGAUCUGGUCAUUCUUGCCCUCCUGGAGCUAGGUCAAUAACAUUUUUGUGGUGUGAUAAUGUACUGCUAAGUGGAUUGAAAUCAUUGAACAGCCAAAUAAUGAAUGUGGCAAUUGAUUAUAGUAGCCAUGUGAGAGUCCAAAAUGUGAGAAUAAGAUCUCCAAGUGGAAGUCCAAAUACAGAUGGGAUUCAUGUGGAGAAUUCCAGGGAUGUUACAAUCAAAGAUAGCAUCAUCCAAACUGGAGAUGACUGCAUUUCCAUUGGCCCUGGCUCCAUGAAUAUGUUGAUUCAGAAGAUUGGUUGUGGCCCUGGACAUGGCAUCAGCAUAGGGAGUUUAGCAAACAGCUAUAACGAAGCAGGAGUUCAAAAUAUAACAGUGGCAAAUUCAGUAUUCACUAAAACACAAAAUGGUGUAAGGAUAAAGUCAUGGGCAAGGCCAAGUGAUGGCUAUGCUAAAAAUCUCAUGUUCAGAAACCUUGUUAUGAGGAAUGUUGGGUUCCCCAUCCUCAUUGAUCAAAACUAUUGCCCCGAAGACAACUGUCCUCACCAGGCAUAUAACCGACCGCAACUUACUUGUGAUUGAGACGUAAUAAUUAUUAUAUUGAAUUCUGAACAUAUGAUUGUUCUUAAUGUAGGGUUCAGGAGUGAAGGUGAGUGAAGUGACAUACAAGAAUGUGAAGGGAACAUCAUCCACCCAACAAGCAAUAAAAUUAGAUUGCAGUAAUACAACUCCAUGUACUGGUAUUAAAUUGCAAGAUAUAAAGCUCAGUUUCGUGGAUUAUCGAUUGAGAAGGCCAGCUUUAACCUACUGUAGAAAUGCACAUGGCAGACAUGGUGGCACCGUCAUUCCAAAAAGUUGUUUUUAAAACAAAUUAAUACUAAUGCAUGAUUAUUAAUAUAAGUAUAAUUGAUUCUCAUUACAGUAAGUAAGAUAGAGAUACUGCUGUGUAUACAUAUUUCCAACUUUCCAAAGGACAAAGGAAAAGAAGGCUCAUUUCUCAUGAGUAUCAUUUUCUUGUAUAACUGGUCAUUAGUUCA